CUCACCACUCACCARUCACCCGUUAUUAAUUAAUCACGCGGUACGGACUAAGGCAGCGCUAUCUUCGUAAGCACGGUCGAGUAGCGUCGGGCUACGGCCUACGGUUUUAGAAGACUCUUGGACUCUUCAGUUAGUUGCUUAGUUCACUUCUUCCGUGUUCAGUUCAUAGUGUUCACACUACUCACUCACUUUCUAGUUUCUACUUUCUAGUCACUUCACCUGCUCACUACUUUACACUUGUGCACUGUGCAGUACUGCAGUAGUCCAUCACUGCAACCAGUGUAAAUGCAAAUUGCAAAUUGAGUUGUUGCAACAGUCCGCUCCCGGCGUCUAAGCCACUACAGUCUAUGGUUCAAUUUCAAAUCUAUAUUUUUACACUGACAUUGUAUUGAUAAUUCGUCAAUAUCAUAUCUGAUUAAAAUUGUGAAUAUGCUACCUGCAGAUUGUCGAGUUAAUUCUGAUUCUGAUGACAGUUUAGAUCGUUUUCCCAGGAAAAAAACUAAAAUAUCACAUAUAAAUAGACAAUCGUUUGAUAGAGAUAUUUCAAUUGAUGAAGGUAGUCAAAAUUAUGAUGAAAUUGAAAUGGACAAAUAUUUUGAAAAUACAAAUCAAAAUUUGAACAAUAAUCAAACUGUAUCUUCUGGAGUAUCUGAUGAUGAUGACUUUAAUGUUAAUAAGUAUGAAGAUAGUGAAAGUGAAGAUUAUUUACCUAUUUCAGAUGGUGAAUUUGAAUUAGAAAAGUAUGUAAUAAAUGAAACAAAUUCUAAGCCUAGCGAUAAUGAAAAAACUGAUGUCAAAUCUGUCAAAGAUGUUUCUGGGAGUGUCAAUGAUCAUAAUAAUGAUAAGGAAACAAUGAUUAAAACUUAUAAAUCCAUAGGUAUAGAUAAUGACGAAUUAUAUGAUUUACUAGAUAAAGCAUAUAGAGAUAAAAAUAAAACCCACAAUGAACAUAAAAAAAAGGCUGUUACUCAAGAUGACUUUAAAGAAUAUGAAAAAAUUGUGUUAGAGGAAGUAUGUAAAAACCAUUUUGAUAUUUUGCCUGAAAAUUGGAUCGAAGCAACUCAUAAAAGUGGCAUGCCUAUUUAUUUACACAAGAAAAGUAGAGUUGUAACAUUAUCAAGACCUUAUUUUUUGGGACCAGGCGAUCCUAAAUCACAUUUAGCACCAUUAUCAGCUAUUAGUUGCUUACAAUAUCAAAAAGGUCUAAAGAAUAAAGAAAUUAUAAAAAAUGAACCAGAUUUUCAGGUUAGUAAACUUGGUGAUAUGAUUAUACCAAAUGCCAAAGUGGAGACUGCACAAGAAAAUAUUAUCAAAGAAUCUUUAACACAUGCAGAGUUACGGGAAUAUUGUCAAUCACUAUUUAAGUUCAAGGUUAAAGAAGUGAAAUCUCCUUGUAAAAUGUUGAAAGAACNCAUCAACAUUAUCUUUAAAACAACUAGUUUUCGGUGUAAUCGUCGUCGAGAAUGGAUAAUGAAUCCAAAUGGUAAAAGCUAUGUGAGCAUUUUACAUGAAUAUUUACAGCAAGCAUUGAAAACCCAACCUUGGUAUGAGUUUAAAGAACUUGAAAAUACAGAAACACCUUAUUCUGCAACUGUCGUACUUAAUGAUGUUCAAUAUGGUGUUGGUUUGGGUAAUAGUAAGAAGCAAGCAAAACUUAAUGCUGCUCAAGCUACUUUAGACAUACUCAUACCUGAAAUGAAAAAUAAAAUAGAUUCAGAUAUUAAAAACCAACGCGAUCCAGUAAUAUUUGAUCAAAUUAAAGUUACCGACCCCAGAAUUACUGAAUUCUGUGCUAAAACCACAGAACCUAGUCCGUAUGCUAUGUUAUUAGUGUGUUUGCAAAGGAAUUUUGGUGAAUGUGAAAUAGGUAUUGAAUAUAAAUUGAAUAAUCGUCGUAGAAUGUUAAACCAAUGUACAAUGAUGGUUGGUAAACAUACAGCUUCCGUUGCUUGUAAAAAUAAAAGGGAUGGUAAACAAAAAGCUUCUCAAGUAAUAUUGGGUUUAUUACAUCCACAUAUUGAUAAUUGGGGUUCGUUGUUACGUCUUUAUGGUAAUCGGAGUAUUAAGAAUGCUAAAGAAAAAAAACAAGAAGAGCAAGAAAUCACUCAACUCCAAAGUAAAGCUGCUGUGAAUCAACCAAAUUUUGCUAUACUAAAUAAACUUAAAGAAGAAAUGUUAAAAAUUAGAGACCAAAGAAAAUUAAAAGAAACUAAUGAAAUGUUAGGAUUACCUCAGACAAUGCUUGCUACAACAUGUCCAUAUACCAUAACAAUUCCAUCAUCAUCUACUARUCCUAACUAAUAAAUUGAUUCAAUUAGUUUAUUUUUUAUAUGCUAAAGUUUAAUACCAACCAUUGAUUUUGAAUUAACUGUAUUAAAAUUUAAUUCAAAUUUUAUGUUCCUAAAAGUACUUAUUUAUUUUGGCUAAUGGUAAUAUAUUUAUAAUAUAAACCUAUAACACAAGGUGUUUUUUGUUGUUGUUACCUUAUGUUGC